ACUGAAGUCAAAUCACACGCAAAUCACAAUAGUCAUUACGCACAAAAGCAAAAAUUAAAAGUGUAAUGAUCUUGUAUCCGUGAAGAUGUUUUGGUACCCAUGGUCCGAAAGUAUUAAAAAAAGAGCCUGUCGAUACCUUCUCCAGAGGUAUCUUGGAAACUUUCUUGAAGAAAAACUUACUUUAGAUCAGCUGAGUGUCGAUUUAUACAAUGGAACUGGGACGGUUUCUGAAGUCAGCCUUGACUGUGAGGCACUCAAUGAAUUGGGUGAUUCUCAAAACUGGCCGUUGGAAAUAGUUGAUGGGCAUAUGCAAGAAAUCACUGUGACCGUGCCAUGGUCAACAUUACUUAAAGAUGAUUCAAUUGUUGAGAUUAACGGACUAUCACUCACAGUUCAACCAAAAGUGCGAACAGAGCCAGUGUCAUCCAUGUUGGAGUCCAUGUGGUCGUCAAUGUCCUCAUCAAUGCAAUUGGCAGCAGAAUGCCUCCGCGAUGAGGCCGGACCACAGGAAUCAAAUCCAGUAGAAGGCAUUGAAAUGUUUGCACAUGCUAUUGAUUCCAUUUUAAGCAGAGUGAAGGUCAAAUUUGUGAAUACAAAGAUAAGGAUAGAACAUGUUCCUAAAAACGGUACAAAAGGAAUAGCAUUGGAAGCUCAUAUAAAAAACAUCGAUUAUUUUGAUGAGGCUGGCUCAGAAUCAAUACCCGAAUCUACAGAUACAGAAAAGAACAAAACAUAUGUAGUAGCAACAUAUACAAACAAGAAAAUAAAGUUCUCAGGCAUAACAUUUUAUAUCGACGAGUUUCCUUCAAAACUGCGGACAAUGGCCCCAAGUUUAAUUAUGGAAAAAUCGGCAUCUUCUCAAGCCGAUAAAUCUGAAGGUACUGCUGAGACACCAGAUGCAAACUACCAAAGCACAAUGUCCGAUGUAUUCUAUGAAGCUAGAAGUGUUAUAUCCACAAUAGAUUCCGAUCCGAUAAGGGAUAUAAUUGAAGAUAGACACAGUGAUUCUACGAGGGAAAAUACUCCGGAAGAGAAAGCAAGCCAACCAGAUCCAAUACUCUUUGCUAAACUCACUGGUCAUCAAGAAUUAACGUUAAAACUGAAACACUCUGAAGAAGUAGAAGGCCCUAAAGUGGAAGUGAAGGUGCUGUUGGGGUCUUUUCUAGUUUUCAUGACUCCAAGACAGUUGCACACAAUUAUAGAACUCUGUGAUGCUUUAAAUCAGCCAGAUUUAGAGGAUACAAGCAAUAUACCCAUUCGACCCAGUGGUGUAAAUGUCCAAUGCAAACCAAUGACUCAUGCAGAUUUUCAACUGAUAGAGGCCCAGUUACUUGGAAAUUUAGAGAAAAGAGCCAAACCAACUACUAUGCACGGAUGGUCGGGACCAAGUGUUGAAGACAGCGAGAUAGACAGUGAGAGAUUUCACCCAAUGACGUCAGAUGCACAGAUGUCAGAGAGUUUCAACUCGUCGGUGAGUUCUAUGAGCGCUAGCAUGACGUCCAGUCUCAAUAUACCCACGGCCCAACCGAGGAUCAAGAGAAAUAAAAAAGUUCCACACAUAGACGGUGACCCCACAGCUGAGGUGUCCCACGUCAGUCUUCGAAUAGCGUCAGUUUCCUGUGUCCUACUACAUAAGGAUAUCCUUGUACCUACACCAAUGGGUAUCACUUGUGUAUCACAUUCGUCUGCAAGCAAGUUGCAGCAAGUAAGCACCGAGUUCUUCGCUCGCAUCGAAACGUUCACUAAAAUGGACGAAAGAAAAGAUUUGAACACAAUAAACGAAUCACUGGAUAUCGCCACUGAUCUGGAUCAUUUAAGAUUACUAGCAUCAGAAAUAAGUCUGGACGGUAGCGAGAAAGUGACGUCACACGGCAGUCAAACAAUGUGCGAGGCGGCUGUGAGGAGUAUCCUUGUGAGGGAGUGCUUAUACAUUCAGCCCGAGGAUGAAGAGGUCCAGAGGCAUAGCUUCGAUUUGAUACAUUUUGAUAAGGAAGACGACGACUCUGGUAUGGUACCGCCAAAGUCGAAUUUAAGAAUGAACUUCAAACAAACAUCCAAAUACAUGCGGAUUGGUGGUGAAAGGAAACUAGUUUAUCCCACUACAGAUGUCAUUUUGAAAUGUACGCCAUUCCACAUAGACGUUGAGUUGACGCUGAUAGAGCGAAUGUCGGCGACGUUUUUCCCGAGCAACAACACGGCGAGUGCGCCUGCGCAAAGCCAACCACAAAACCAUUUCAACUUUACGCUGCAUUGUCCCAAUUUGAAUGCUAUUUUGAGGUUCCCGAUAGCAGACCUACGUCCAGGCGUAAACAGCGAGUCCCGGCGCGUGCGCAACGACUAUCUCGUGUUCAAGUUUCAAAACGCGACGGUUUCUUGCCAGCAAGUGCCCUCCACUCGACCGCUGCCCACCACUAUUGCUGUUAAAGCUACCACCCUGGACUUGUACUAUCAUGAAAAUGAACACCUACCUGCAACUCAUAUUGCUCAAACCACAAUGGACGACUCGUCACUUGAAGGCGAUAUACUUAAAGGCAACACAACUACUCCCCUUCCUAUGAUAUCGAUAACAUUCCAACCACGCAAAACAAGCAAUGGCCCGUUCGAUACUCUCGCAGACGAGUUUAGCUUCGAGCCAAAAGCGAGUAACCCCAUGACUACUUCCAUGUAUAUAAUGAAUAACCUAAGGAGCACACUCCCAAGCCCGUUUAGUGGAAAGAAAAUGGCGCAUCAGGGUAUUGGCAAACACGAAACACAGACUAAAGGUCAAGAGGAAGAAUUAAUCGUACCCGGUACGGAUGAGGAAAUGGCCGAAUUCACAAACAGUUCCGUGGAAAAUUCAUCAAUUCAUCUUGACUUCAACUUACCGAUACUUAGCUUACAACUUGAAUCAAAACAGCUGUACGAGAUAAUAUACAAUCGCAUCAACUCGGACCUGUUGCUAUGGGAACCGCGAGUCGCGGAACCGUUUGACAUCACUCCGCACAUCUGCGGCCCCAUUUAUCCCGCCUUCGGAGUUUGCAAGGGAUAUGACUCGGAUUCCGAUAGCUCAUCAUCGGAAGAGGAAAACUUGUACUAUUCAACAUACGAUCACAAAACGAGGAAGAAUUUGGGCAACACAAAACCAUUGCCAGAGAACAAGGAGAGUGAGUCGCACAACUUCUGCUUAACCCUGAAAGUUGGCAAGGGCUUGCUCAGUAUAUACGCUCCUGUGAGGGAUAGUAACAAACAAGUGGUGCCAGGUCAAAUGGGCGAACUAGUGCUGGAAGCGCAGAAGUUAUCCAUGUGCCAAGUUAGUGGUCUCAAUGGACGGGCUAAAACAGCUCAAAUGUGUUUGAGAGGCACCAAGAUGACUCUUUAUCAUGAACCUAUUCUGACAAUUCCAUCAAUCAAGCCGAAUUUACGUUUACACGGAACUGCGUUACCAUCCCACCUCAAAAAAACUAUAUAUCCCUCGAACAAAGGUGUGUUCAUAAAGGAAAGAAUGGAGCCAAAGGAUAUGUUCACAUUGGCCUUAAAGACUGAACCGAAUAGUGAUACACCAGGCCUUAAGACAAUUUGCAUAGCGCUGGGCAUAGAGCAGGCUACAUUGCGGCACAGAGGCGAUAAAGGCAUCGCUUGGUUGAACCAAUUCAUGGAUAUAUUGGAUGUCCUAGACUACCCUGUGCCUGGAUACACGCCGUCAACUGUGCUAUCCGAACUGCAUGUACAUGUGUGGGAUUGUGCUGUGGACUAUAGACCUCUUUACCUACCGAUACGAACGGUAGCAACUCUAGGUAACUUCAGUGUAUCAAGCAACCUCAUACCAGAAACAAACACAUCAUACCUUCGAUUCUUGGCUCAGGAGUGCACUUUAUUCCUCUAUUAUGUCAAUAACGCGAAACCAAACACAGCUGUGCCGCAAGAUGAUGAGAAACACCCAGACAUACAUAGAGACUAUGUUUGUGUAGUCGACGUUGGACUAUUUGAGUUGUCGCUCAGAAUGGCGGAUAAGACUACGGGGACUAACGACCAACCGCAAGUGGAUCUGACAGCGUCCAAUAACAUGGUGAACAUGUACACGUGCUGGGAUUCAGCGUCAGCGCUGUGCCGCUUGCUGACAUACGUCGCUUCGGAUGGCGACUCGAAUCCGCCAUACAUCCGCUCUCGACAUACAAGUAUAUGUUCUGAUCAGCUUGAACAGCUUGUUGGUCUUGAUGACAGACCCAUGGAAGAAAUCAGAGAACUUUCGCCCAGUGAAAUUCAACAAGUGAACGAUCUUAUGGCAGAGGCUUUGAAGGAAAGUCCAAAUAACACAAAUGAAGAAGAUGAAUUGAUCAGUUCGACUGAAAAAGAAGGUGUUGAAGUGUUCUUCUUUCCAGACGAAUCUAUAAAAAAACAGAAACAGAUGUCUGAAUGUAUGGACAUGGACAUUGAGACGCAAAGUGUGGAAGACCAAGAAUGUAAGAGUAUAGACGUGAUAGAGCAAGCACAAGAAGCAAAGCCCAAUAUUCAAGUGACUAGAGAUUUGGGGGAUCCAACGCUAACGCCUAAGGCUUCUCCACGAAAGUCUAGACGGAAAAAGGUUAAAUCGGGAGGAGAUGGCAGUAACACAGACGACGAAUACUGCAUAGUGGACACACAAGCAUACACACAGGACAACGAGAUGGACGAGCCAGUGGUGAAUUGGAUCGGACCCGGCCCUGUGUAUAUGGUGGAUAACCAUUUCACAGUGCCGGCCGCUCGGUCGGACGUUCUUAAAGCGCCUAAGAGUUUCCCGCUUCCCGUGUUGAGGUAUACACUGUGCGAAAUGAGCCUAACAUGGAACAUGUACGGCGGCAAUGACUUCCGCCCGACAUCUGGAACCCCCAAAAAAACCGUGAGCAUUGAGGUCGAUUCAAGAAGACAAGGUUCUCCUACUGCUAAACGUAGCAAAGACUACGAGCCGUACGAGAAAAGUGUGGCGGUUGCGGCAGCGAUGCGAGGUGGCGUGAGCUGGUCUGCCGGCAGUGAGCGAGUGCGUCCCGCGCCCGCCGCCCGCGCCGACCCGCGCGCGCGUGGCGGCGCCCUGCGCGACCACCACACGUGCGUCAAGCUCUGCCUCACCAAGGUCAAAUUCCAACACGAAGUAUAUCCUUCAGGAGGUACACAAGCGUCUCGUCAAACACUAGCUAUCACCAAGAUAGAAGUGUUGGACCGCCUCGUUUGCAGCGACAUCAACAAACUGCUCAGUCAGUAUAAGCUAAAGGACGAGCCUGAGAGAAAGAACGCCCAUAUGUUGGUAGUGAAAGCGGUACAUCUGAGAGCCGACGCCGCGUUGCCAGCACAAGAGUGCUGCCUUAAGGUGUCACUGUUGCCGCUCAGGUUCAACCUGGAUCAAGACACGUUAGCAUUCUUGGUUGGCUUCUUCUCCAAGCUGGGCACUGAUGAAUCCAGCGAAGAAGAGUCAAUAGCUGGGGGAGCAACAAGCGAGUCCGGUGGCACAGGCGGUUCCGGAGGGUCUCGUCAAACGACUCCCACGCACCGACCGCCCGUUAUGAGUAUCGCAAGCCAUUUGCGGGACCCCCCGCCCACGCCCACUUCGCUCGGUGACGCGGAUUGUCUCUCUCUUAACGAAACAGUAAUUCGUGACGAUGAACCCCUCAUGGAGACAUAUGAAGCAGAACGCCUUGUGUCAGAGAAUCUUAUACAAUUAGAAGAAGAUUUCCAACGGCUAGCCGUGAGUCAAGAGAAGACAACCAGCAAACUGCCUGAUGCCGAACCCGUGGAUGAUUCACCUAUCUACUUUAGGCGCGUAGUAUUUUCGCCUGAAGUACCAAUAAGGUUGGACUACGUCGGCAAACGUGUCGAUCUGUCUGCGGGGCCAGUGGCCGGUCUGCUCAUGGGUUUGGGUCAACUCAACUGCUCCGAACUCACGCUCAAACGACUGGACUAUAAGUUGGGUCUUCUGGGCUUAGAAAAGCUCGUGCAAUGGGCUUUGCACGAGUGGCUCUCUGACAUAAAGCGCCAUCAGCUGCCAGGACUCCUCAGCGGUAUUGGGCCAAUGCAUUCCUUACUUCAAAUAAUAACCGGCAUCCGUGACCUGGUGUGGCUGCCGGUGGAGCAGUGGCGGCGCGACGGGCGGCUCGUGCACGGGCUGCGGCGCGGCGCCGCCUCCUUCACCGCGCGCACCGCCGUCGCCGCGCUCGACAUCACCGCGCGCCUGCUGCACCUCGUGCAGGCAACAGCGGAGACCGCGUUCGACAUGCUGACGCCGGCGCCGGCGCUGCCGCUGGGCGCGGCGGCGCGCGCGCGCCGGCGCCGCCGCGACCCCGCGCGCCACCCCGCCGACAUCCGCGAGGGCGUGGCCAGCGCCUACCUCACUGUGCGGGAGGGGUUCGCGGAGACGGCGGCGAGCAUGGCGGCGGCGGCGCGGCGCGGGCGCGGCGCGGGCGUGCUGCGGCAGCUGCCGGGCGCCGCCGUGGCGCCGCUCGCGCUGGCCGCCGCCGGCGCCGCCGACCUGCUGGGCGGCGUGCGCGCCGCGCUCGCGCCCGACCUCUGCCGCGACCACGCCGACAAGUGGCGCCGCGCCGACGCCGACGAUACAACAGAUUAGUCGUAAGAAGUCCGCAUCCUACUUAAUGUAAUGAUCUCCAUGCAUAUCCUAUCCACGGUGACGGUUCAUUUUAGUAUCCAAAA